CCCUGCCCUCUGGUUGGCUACCUGUGAGCUCAGCUCUGGGAAGCAAUGACAUAUAUAACCCAGAAGCUCUGAGCCCCUCUGAACAUUUCCAGCCACCUGUAGCAGCUGCUUCUUCUCCCUGGAGACAUCAGACCCAAGCCUCAAAGGACUUCUACUUAACAGGGGACAAUGCCCCGCUCCAGGAAUCCCAGCCCGGGGAAGUCCUGGGACAACGGCGACUUCCGUGGUUUGAGCCCAAUGGAGACCCGGAGGGGCCCGAAGAAGCCUCCCACAGAUAAGAGAACCCAAUCCUUGGACCGGCAGGUUCUCAAGGACUCGGAGUCCGCGAACUCCAAGUACUCCUCUGGGCCCACCCACAGGAAGGUGCUUCGGAGGACAGCCAGCGAUGAGACCAGAGGUUCUGGGAGCCCCUAUCACGUUGCAGAGGCCCAGGAAGCUGUGGUCGCAGCGCCCCCUCUAGGAGAAGGGAGCGAAUUUCUCCCCUGUGAGCAGGGGCCCCUAGAAAGCACUAAGAAAGAGAGGCCCCCAAAGCAAGCCCAGCAGAGCUGGAUUAGCAUGUUCCUGAAUAUCCUGUUCCUGAGGUUUGAUCUAGAGGAGCCCAGAGAAAAGGGCAGCAAGAAAUCAAAGGGGAAAGGAGAGACCAAGCUCUCAGAGGCAACGGAGGAGCCAGCCGUCAGGAAGAAAUCCCAGGAGAAGAGGACCAGCCGCAAGAAACCCACUCACAAGAAGCCUGCUCCUGAAGAGUCUACAGGGCUCCAGAACCCAGAGGCAGGAGGCCACGAGAACUUACUGCCCAGCUUAGCUUCGUCCCACGCCACCGAGGAGGCUAACCUGGGGCUGAUCUGCAGGGAGAGACCAGAGUCUGAGAUCCCCCAGGCCUUGCCCACCGAGGGAGGCCAUGAUGAAUCCUCAGAGAGUUCUGCCCAAGCCGCAGGUCCCCCAUCAGAAGAGGACCCUCAGCAGCCUGACCAGGAGGAGCUCAUCUGGAAGAUCGUGGAGCUGCUCAAGAGAGCAGGGGACCGUCUGGAGGAAGAGGUGAGGCGCUGGCAUCAGAGACCACCUGCAGGGCUCCUGCAGCUUCCGCCAGCGCAAGUCCCUCAGCCGGAAGUGGCUCCACAGAAGCCAACACCGCCCCCCAGGAAGAAAUCCCAGGAAAAGAAGCCCACCCUGAAGAAAGCCUUGUCCCUCAAGAAGCCCGCCUCCGAGGAACCCAAGAGAGUGGCUGUAGCCACUGCCCUUGGCCCAGAAACCCGACCCAAGAGGCCCAGCUUCCUACCCCUGUGUCUUAGUGGCCAGCGACUUUCCGCCUCCAGCAACCUUGACUCAGAGGAGCCCGGAUUCCACGAGGUCCAAUCUGUAGAUCCCGGAUGCUCACAUCCCCCUGAGUACCACACCCCAGCUGCGUGUCAAGGACCAGCAGAGAGGUCACUGAGGGACAGAGCCUAUGAAUCCAGAGAAUUCAGGCGGAAGAUCCUGGUCCUAUUUAAAAACUCAGAGGAACAGAAGGGAGAGCAGCAAGCUCAUGUCCAGGAGGCAGAGGAAGCUGGAGAAAACUCCACUCCCAAGAUGAAGUCACACAGGAAGAAGUCGAAUCUCCGGCGGGCCUUUUCCCUCAAGAAACAUGGCUCCAAGGAUUCCAAGAGAACAGAGGCUUCGGGGACUCCCAGUGCUGCCAGCCCGGAGGCCCGGCUACCCAAGAAGCACGGCUUUCUGCCCACGUGUGUCAGUGGCCACAGAGCUUCCAUCUCCGGGGACCCAGAAGACCCCGAGUUCCAGAAGCUGGCGGCUGCAGGAGGGGAACCAGCCGGGUCCCCAGAAGCUCCUUUCCGGUCUAGAAGAGUCACACCAGAUGAGCAGCCUCUGCCUCUACCAGAGGGAGCCUCGGAAUCUAAGGAGUCCAUCAUCCAGAAGUUGGUGGAAGGUCUCCAAGAGGUGGACGACGAGCUAGGAAGGCAGAUCCGGCAGUACCCCAGCUUCAGGAACUUUUUCAAUCAGUUCUCGGAAGCCUCCCUCAGGAAGCUAGUGGCCACCUUAGAGAGACAGAAGGCCCGCCUCUCAGAGGAAGAUGGGAGCCUCGUCAACAGACCCCCACCGUGCGCCUUUGGCUCACUGAACAAGUUUGCUGCCAACCACAGCUGUGCCAUCUGCACCCUCAUGCAAUCCAGAGGCCAAUACCAGGGCCACAGUUAUGCCCACUUCCUGUCCAGGAAGGCCCAGCAGGACAACAUGAGUCUGGAUUGUCAGAGUCCAGACUGAAGGCCGCAUCUUAUACCCAAGUUCUUCUGGACUAGCCAGAGUCAGCAGCUUUGGCUAGAGACCCAAGGACACUGCAGGAUGGCCCGGUUCUGGACUUCCCCAACACACCUGGAGACGAGUGUGGACAACGACCCUCUGUGCAGUUGACACCGCCCGAGACGGCUUUUCUUCCGGGAAGUUGGCCCCAGAGGCCAUGUUGGGGGUGGGCAAUGGGUAGGGAAGUGGGUUCCAUCCACAGAACCUAAGGUGAGGUCGCACCUCUGCAAUCCACCAUCAUGAAGGAGGCUGACUGAGGGUGGCGGUGGCGCACGCCUUUAAUCCCAGCUCUUAGGAGGCAAAGGCAGGUGGAUCUCUGUGAGUUCGAGGCCAGCCUGGUCUAUAAGAGCUAGUUCCAGGACAGGCUCCAAAGCCACAGAGAAACCCUGUCUCAAAAACAAACAACAAACAAAAACCAAAACUGCCAUCUGCCAGAUCCAGCUUUCAAUGAGUCUUAGCUGGGGCAUGUGUGUGUUGUCUGUGUGUG